AUGGGUAUAAAGAAAGUAUUAAACGUAGGCCCCCCAAAGCCAGUGACUGCAGAGCAGAAUCGGGAAGAGUUACUAGAAAGAGGGAUAAGUGUGAAGAAUCCUAAUAGGACUCGUAAAACAAAAUUUGCUGCGUAUGGGCAGUUUGCAAGAGAUAAAGGCCAGGAUAGAUAUUAUGCCCCAGAAGGUUAUGAGCAGUAUGGUAGGCCGCCUGAGCCCAGUGGUGAUGGUUCAGAGAAAGGCGGAAUUGAUGACAUUAGUAAUUCAGAAGAUAAGAAGAAAGGAAAAAAGUCAAAAAGAAAGAGCCUCUUCAGAAGACACAAGCCCAGUUCUUCCGAUGAAGAGUCAUCGCCGCAGACGAGUCCCGUAGUGAAGAAUGGAUAUGAUCCAUAUUCGGUUAAUUACGACAGUACUGGUAGCGAAAGUGACAUUUACAAGAGCUUUCAGUCUAGCUCCAAUGAUUAUGGGAUGAAUUACGAUCGUUCUUACAAAAAGGGGGAUUAUGGUACAACUAGCCGCUACCAUGCUCGUGCUGGUUUCUCUACUGAUGCGAUGGAUUACGGCGUUGAUCAAUCUGUUUUAAAGGAAGAAUCCUCACCCUUUUCUAAUGAGUUUUCUACUACUAAUCCAGAUUCAAUGAGACAGUCCAGCAACUUAGGGAUCUCAUAUCCUUCGCCAAUUGCGGGACCUUCGAGUACAAGUAAUUUGAAUAGUAAAUCACCUUCAAGUUCGCCAAAAACUGCUAGUCCUAGGGCAGCCGCUGUUAGAGUAAGCAGUCCACUAAACCCUAAUAUCUCGCAGAUGGAUGCUAAUCCCUAUGCAUCUUUGAAUGAAUACAACAACGACUAUUCUAGUUCAAGUUUCCAGCCAACUUCUCCUUCAAAGAGCUCGAACCCAUAUUCUUCGAUGACAAAUGAUUCAUACCUUACUAAAACUACAAAAGCUAAACCACAACACCCAAGAAACUCUGCACUGCAACACCCUAGCUCGCCCAAGGACAGGCCUUUAUUCAGGGCGGAUACAAGUCUGACGGCAGACCUAAAUAGAAGCGAUUCAGAUCUGAAGCUUGGAGCUGCAACAUCACCUUCCGUUAAAGCAGAAGAUCAUCCUGGGUAUAAUUUGCCAGGGCGCAACUCAGUCAUGGACAAGCAAGAUAUAUUGUAUGCUCAGCAAAACCCAGUCAUGAUUGAGGAUGAUCUUGAUCUCAACGAAACUAUAAAGGACUAUAAUGUUGAUUACAGCGAUGAUUUGAAUGCUGAUAUCAUUCAAAAUGGUCAACAACUUCAAACGUGGCAACUUCAGGAGGAAGAACAAGAGGGUUUAAAUGAACAAACCAGUAAUAAUUACGACAGAGGGUACAAAACAUUUGAUGAGGUACAGAGAGAGGAAGAGGAACGUCAGCAAGAGGAAGAGGAAGAAGCGGUUGAUGAAAUAAAGCAGGAAAUCAGAUUUACUAAGCAAAGCUCUGUGGCCUCAACAAGAAACACUCUAAAGAUGGCUCAAGAUGCUGAAAUGUCCGGUAUGAAUACUCUCGGUGUGCUGGGUCAUCAAAGUGAACAGCUAAAUAAUGUUGAGAGAAAUCUUGAUUUGAUGAAAGUUCAAAAUACGAUUGCAGACGAAAAUAUCGACCAAUUAAGGAAAUACAAUCGUAAUAUUUUAGCUGUCCAUGUGAGUAACCCAUUUAAUAGUAAAAAACGUAAAAAGGAGCGUGAAGAAUUAUUGAGAAAUAGAAAGAUAGAAGAAAAGAUAAUGAUGGAACAGACUGCGAAAAACGUAAAUCAAUCAGUUAAUAGGAUAGAGCGUGCCAUGAAUGCCAAUUCAAUCAACGCGAGCGAUGUACGGGAGAAAUAUGAGAAGCAAGGAAUAUUAGACCGUGCCAAAAAAUAUCAGUUUGAAAAUGACGAUGAAGAUGAUGAGAUGGAAGUUGAAAUUGAUAGAAACCUCGAUAAAAUUCAACAGGUUAGCGGUAGACUCAAAAAAUUGGCAGUUGCUGUGGGAGAUGAAUUGGAUUCACAACAGGAACGUUUAGGUAAUAUCGAAAAUGACACAGAUGAUUUAGAUAUAAAACUUCACGUCAACACGCAUAGACUAAAUGGUAUAUAA